UUAUACUUGUUUAUUUUGGAUUAGAGGAACGGUGGAAAUUUGCGCUAUUAUUUAUGCUAUUGCUUUUUCGUUUGACAUUUCUGUAUGGUAUAUUAAUAAUACCCUGAUUUUGGCAACGCAACCUAACGUACUACUUAUCUACUAGGCCAGACGUGUCUUUUUCUCGACUUAAAUUAUCCGAUUGGGGGUGGUGUCACCUGUUGAAGAAUUAAAUUUGUAUUAAACUUUUCUUCGACUAGUAUAUACCUACGGAGUCAAAUGGCGAAAUUAUCGACUUCGGAUGCGUUAUCUAUGCACUACAGAAGUUAAAAAUUACUUUAGGUCCCAAGUGAAUUUUUCUACAAUUUACCAAACUUUAUAAAUUAGGUAUUACAAUUAUUUGCUGGCUAGAUUCUAACAAGUCGUAUAGGUAAUGGCAGUAUAAGGAGCUGUAUACUAAUUAAAAUACAAUCAACAGUGGUCAAAGGUGAACGUAAUGCUUAUCAUAAUUAUAUGGUACCAAACCUUUCAAAAUGAAUUCCUACAACAACUCUAGCUCGUCGCAAAAAAUAAUAUUAGUCUCAAGUAAACCCAUGCAGAGAUUUUAUGACUUCUGUGAUUCAAUUAACUAAAUAAUGACGUACAUCAGACAGCCGAAGUAAUGAAAAUUAAACGAAUGUUCUACUUAAAAGGUUGUCCUUCACUUUGUAAACUGUUUUGAAUUAUACCAAGUUGCCGGUUUUUUAAAGUUGUUUUUCUAUAAUUGGGAAACCUCAAUCCAAUUGACAUAAUUGUAAUGAUGUUGCGAAUUGUUUUAAUUACUUCGUAUUUUCCUAAUGGACAGGCCUUCAAUUUUGGUACAGUUUGACGUAGUUAGUACCUACUGCAGUUACUGGAUUAACUUCGUCGAUUAAACCUUCAUUGUGCAAAAUUUGUACGAACAUGGGAUCCUUACUCAAAGGAACCCUCCUCAUGUAACUUACGAGCAGUAGGUACUAUACCAUCCUGUGCGGUGCCGACACGUACAAUAACAAUACCAAAAUUAAUAUUUAUUUAAGAAACUAAACAAGUAUCAAUAUAUAGCAAUUCAAACAGUUCCUGUAAGUCUUUAUAACUCAACCGAUUUCUACUAUUUACCUAUGAAGUUUACCGAUUCGUAUAUCUACGAUAGUAGUAACCAAGAGAUUGGUCCUCCCACAGGAAAUAACGGUAACCAAUUAUAUUACUCUAUAAUGAGGAUAAAUCAUGUUGAACGUAAUUAUUAAAACUGUAAUAUACAUUAGUGUCAAGUUGAUGAACGCAAUGGAAUGUUUACUAUCAGUGCCAUACUAUUUCAAAACUAAGAAGAAGGUUCCGCGAAUUACCAACAAGAUUCUACUGUAUUCUGCACGACGGCUGCUCCAAAUGAUUAGUAAUAAAGAGAUUUUAUGUGAAGAUGUAAUAAAGGCCUACAUUGCACGAAUUAAUCAAGUAAACCCUUUACUAAAUGCAGUUGUUGAAGAUAAAUUUGAUGAAGCCAUUGCAAAAGCCAAACACUUUGAUGAAAUAAUAUCCAAGUCAGACAUGGAUUCCAAAGAAUUGUUGGAAAAGUACCCCUUGUUGGGUUUACCGCUGACAGUAAAAGAGAGUAUUUCCAUGAAAGACUCGAGUUAUACAUCGGGAAAAGUAUUUAUUGGUGGGAGAAGAGCAACACGUGAUGCACCCAUAGUAAAGUUAUGCAAGGAUGCUGGUGCAAUUCCGUUAUUAGUCUCGAAUACACCGGAAUUGAGUGCCAAUUUUGAAACUUUCAAUAACGUAACUGGUCUGACUCGUAACCCUUAUGAUCAUAGACGGACAACUGGUGGAUCGUCCGGUGGCGAGGCAGCAUUGCUCGGGGCUGGUGCUUCUUUGAUAGGUUUAGGUUCCGAUAUAUACGGCUCUUUGCGUUUACCUGCUCAUUUUUGUGGAGUGUGGGGUCAUAAAUCUAGCCCCUACUCCACCUCAAUUGAAGGGCAUUACCCAACUGCCUCCGAUGUGCAAGAAUGGAAAAAAGUGUUUACUUUGGGUCCUAUGGCAAGAUACGCUAGUGAUUUGUCAUUAAUAUUGGAUGUUAUUACGGAAAAAAGGUUAAAACUGCAUACCUCGGUGGAUCUGCGAAACGUAAAGUAUUAUUACAUGGAUUACAAUCACUCGACAUUGUAUUCAAGAUUAGACAAACAUACGCACAUUGCUAUACAAAAAUUGAUCACCUACAUAGAAUCUUCAAACCCCGGCUCUGUUAAGAAGAUCCAUUUGGAUGACUUUAAAUAUACUGCCGAGUUGCCAUUUUUAAAAAUGCUAUCCUUUGAGGUAGAAGACUUAUUGGAAAACGACGGAAAAGACUGGUUAAAGGAGUUGUUUGGAUACCUAACAGGCAGAUCACGUAAAGUUUUUGUACUGGUAGUCUUACAAAUUUUGAAGCGUUUGUACACGGUGUUUAUACCAAAUACUGUACAAUGUCAAUAUGACAAUGUUCUAAAUAAGUUAAGAUGCGAUCUAACAGCUGUGCUUGGAAAUGAUGGAGUGCUUAUUUAUCCAUGUCAUCCAACAAGUGCCCGUUUUCACGGUAGGAUGUACGGCAAUUGUGUGAAUUACAGUUUUUUGGGAUUGUUCAAUUGUCUUGGGUUCCCUGUUACCAACUGCACUCUUGGAUUAAAUUCGAACGGUUUACCUGUUGGCGUACAAAUUGCAGCUGUAGCAAAUAAUGAUCGAUUAACUAUAGCGGUUGCAGAAGAAAUUGAAAAGGUAUUUGGUGGGUGGGUAGCUCCAUAAAACGAAACAGCAGAAAACGUUUAUUCGCCAUAGUGGAAAAUUGUACUGACUUUCGCCUGUUCAGGGAAGAACAAAAUGUUGUUUUCCUUUGUUAUACCUAUGUUACUUAUACUGUUAUACAUUGAUAAAUAAAGGAAAUUUAUAUUUCUUUGUUA